GUAUCUUGACCACAAACACAUCUGCUCUCCAUAAUGGCGAUGCCAACGCCCACACUACGGCCAUUGAGCUGUUGGAAGUCCUUAUUACGACAUGCUAGACACCAGAAGGUCGCGACAAGGUCGUUGACCACGUAUCACAAGUCUGUGACGUUCUCAAAAUACGAAAUACCUACUCCUGGAGCUUCCAUAGAAGUCACAAGGAAGAUCAAAACCUAUCCUCCGCCACAAUCACCUGCUCAGAAGUUCAAAGAACCAUUGAAGGAUUUCACAAAGCACCAAAUCUCUAUUCUUGAUCCUACAGGCGCCCGAACACACCUCUUCUCGAAAACGAAUCCAGAAGCUGCGAAGGUUGGAGACAUUCUCCUUGUACGGCUAAAGACGGGCGAUCCAUUUGCGGGCGUAUGCAUCAAUAUCAGACGGCGAGGUGUAGACACGGGCAUAUUACUGCGAAAUGAAUUGACACGAGUCGGCGUGGAGAUGUGGUACAAGAUCUACAGUCCAAACGUAGAGGGUAUCGAGGUUGUCCAACGGAGAGAGAAGAGGGCUAGAAGAGCGAGAUUGACGUACUUGCGGAAACCUAAGCACGAUAUGGGCAGUGUACAGAAUAUUGUGUUGGCUUACCAGAGAUCGAGAGGGGCGAUGAGGGGCUCAGUUCAAGAGAAGAAGGGCGGGAAGAAAGGAAAGGGCAAGAAGAAGUAG